AUGGAGACUCCUAUAGUAGCCGUAGUUACUGGCUCCAACCGUGGCAUUGGGCGUGCCAUCUGUGCUGCGCUGCUAAAACAGACCUCACGCCCCUUGAUUCUAUAUACAGUCUCUCGUGCCGGGUCCUCCUUUGACCUGACAGACUUGACUGUUCCCCCAACCGCCAAAAUCUACCCUGCUCAACUGUCACUCACCGACCAGGACAGUAUCACUGCCCUCAGCAAGAGGAUCAGCAACGAACAGAGGGGCUGCGAUAUUCUCAUCAACAAUGCCGGAAUCUACUAUUUCCAGGAGAAAAUCCCUGCUGCCCAACGCCAGGAAACUCUCGAUGUGAACUACCGCGGAACUCUCAAGGUCUGUCAAGCCUUCUUACCAAUUAUGCAAAAGAACGGCCGCAUCGUCAACGUCUCCUCCCAAAGCGGCGAACUCAAAUACUUCCAUCCUCGCUUGCAGGCGCAAUUCUCGGAUCCCAAUCUCACUCUUUCCGAGCUAGACGCUCUGGUAAAUGAGUACAGCGAUUCUGCGGAUCAGAAUACUGCGAUGUCAGAAGGCUGGCCCCCUUUGGCCUACUUUACCAGUAAGGCGGCUUUGAACGCCGCAACGCGCAUCCUGGCCCGCGAAAACCCUCACCUGCUGAUCAAUUGCUGUUGCCCUGGGUGGGUGGGCACCUCGCUGGGUAUGCAGGCUGGCCAGCCGCCCAAGUCUGUUGGUAAGCGCGGCUCUCUCUGUACCCGCGGACGUAUCACUUACUGUUUUCCAGAAGAAGGAGCAAGAAUUCCACUGCGUCUGGCAGUUGGGGAUAUCGGCGGGAUUAGUGGGCGGUACUGGGCGAAUGAUUCGGUGGCCAGUACGGGCGAUGGGAAGGUUAAGAAUUUUUAA